AUGUCCAGCCAAGCACAGCUUAAAUACAAGGGUUGGGUGUCAGAUGAGCAGACGUCUUUCACUUUUACCCGGGAUGCAUUUGAAACAUCAGGUAAAACACGGCCCUGUCCCAAAUGCUGUGAGCGCAGGUCUGCAUCAAGCGCUCCAUUCGGGACACGGCCUUCGAUUUCCCAUCAUGCAGCGUCUCUGGAGGAGAGCUUCAGCGCAGACUUGGCCUUUCCUCUGAGCCUGCCGCUGUCUGAUGCAGCGGUGUGUCCGUCUGAAGCCGAGCCCGCUCCGCUCCUCCACACCAGCGCCUUCGUCUCCUGCGACCACAACUACACGGUGGAGGACACGCUGCAGCAGAAGAGAUGCAUCGAGCAGCUGCAGGAGCAGAUGGAGAAGCUGCGCAAGAGACUGAAGAUGGUGCAGCAGAAGUGCAGGCGGCAGGAGAGGCAGCUGGAGCGCUUCAGAGCCAUGAGCGAGGUCCAGAGGGACACGGCGCUGGGAGACAGCUACGUUGUCCUGCCCAAAGAGAUCUACGACGUCCUGAAAGGAAUAGAGACCAUCGGAGAGGAUCAUCCGCUUCAGAGCAGAACUAACUCAAUAACUGCGUGAGAGGAUUCAGGUGUGAUCGUUUGCAGCGUUGAAUUCAUCUGAUUCGGUCAGAGUAACUAGCACUUGUGAAAAUAGUCCAUGCGCUUGGAUGCCAGAUGAGCCCCGGUGCACGAGAGACUCGACCGACGCUGGAGCUGAUGCUGACUCUGUGACAAACGCUUCAGUAAAUCAGGUUCUCAUUAUCUGCAGAUUUGUUGAAAUGGCAGCAGAUCAGUGUUUAUUCUGUUAUUAAAUGUUUUUUCUAAUUUAAACCUCUAGAAUUUAUACUGACUAGUUUGUUUUGAUUUGAUGAAUGUACUAAGAUGACCAAACUGGACUUCACUAAACACAUUUUCAGUAGCCUUAGUCACAUAUCAAAGGGCUUUGCGCUGUUCGCUGUUGUUUUUCACCCCUUACUGAUUCAUUUAUUAUUUACAAAACUUUAAUAAUCGUGGAAUCAAUUUAAGCCACAUGGGUAAAAAUAGAUUUUUUUGCUGGGAAAACUUCAUUCAUAGUUGCCUUACGUCACAGUGCAUUGUUCAUGUGUUUGACUGUUUCAAUACAACACUCUCAUUCUUGAGCUGAGCUUGUGCUUGAAUGAGUUUCAGUGUCAUCUAAAUGUCACGCUUUAUUACGGUCUUGUACUGACACACUUAUUGGAAGAUGAUUGUAUAUAUGGUCAAUAGCUGUAUAUAUGGUCCAAGGCACAACCCUUACAAAACUCUAUACCACAAUAAUGAAUGUUUCCUCCAAAAUAUGAAUUACUACACUCGGAUCAUAACAAAUAAAUAUGAUAAAUGAUUCAAA